AUGGCCGAAAUUGCGGCUACCGUGGUAGGUAUUGCUGGAGUAGCCGGCGUCCUUGGGCAAAUCUUCGAUGGCUGCAUCAAAGCGUACGCCAUCUUCACCUCAGCCAGCAAUCUCGGCCGGGAUAGCGAACGCCUCGUGUGCAAGAUCCGCAUCGAGGAGAUGCGAUUGCUGGUCUGGGGUCGAGAAUGGGGUGUCAUUGAAGGAAAGCUGGAGGCGCAUCUCCAGAAGGAGAGUGAGAUGGGGAAUGGGCGGCUGAGGGGGCUGGCGUUGGAGAUCCUGACGGAGUUGCACAGGACAAUUACGGAUUUUAGGAAGUUGAAGGAGAGGUAUGGAAUGAGGGAGGAAAGGGUGGAGGGAAGCGAGAUGGGGAAGAUUGGGGGAAGUGGGAAUGUCGCUGGGCGGUUGAGGAAUGAAUUACAGCUGAGGGCGAAGUGGGUUAUUGCUGACAAGGAGAAGUUCACUGUGCUUUUACAAGACUUGAAAGAUUACAACGAUGGACUGGAACAGCUGUUCCCUCCAGGACGACUGGCAACGCUUCAUCGUACUUGGACUAAUGAGUUACUCCAAAGUGCUCACAGGGAUCUGGGAAAGUUGAAAACAUUAGAGAUGGCUGCCAGUACGACGUAUCCUCAAUUGAACGUCUCCGCUAGCUUGAAGCAAUUACGAAUCAACCUGGACGCCACGCCAACAGCAAAGUUUAAACAAACGUACGCUCUCAAGAUACAGAGGACGAAUCUCUCCAUCAAUACGUCUUCAGACGGUGAUCUGAGCCGAUGUCAUGGGUCGUACCAAAAUCCGGCUGGAACUGGUCCGGAAGAUGUCAUUGUGGAAUGGAUUCAAUAUGACAAGGACGACAUCGAUUCUCGCCUAAAUCAUGUCCGGAGAAUCGAUGAUCUUGCUAAGAUGAUACACAGUUCUUCAGAUAGACACCCAGAUCUAAGCACACUCGACUGUCUUGGAUAUACCGACGAUAGCUCAAGCAGUCGAUACGGACUUGUAUAUAAAGCGACACAAGCCUCGUCCUCAAACCUCAACGUCCUCAUACAGAGUAAUGACAUGAGAACUCCCGACCUUGGCGACCGAUUCAAGCUGGCUCAUACUCUGGCGGUUGCCCUUUGGUCUUUCCAUUCACUCGACUGGCUUCACAAAAAUCUUUGCAGUUCCAAUAUCUUGUUCUUCCCCUCUGCCUUCUCAGCAUCAGCUAAGCAAGCUACUGCAAUGUCCGCUACUAUCCCAGACAUCUCAUCUCCAUUCGUGCUAGGCUUUGAUGCUUCAAGGCCCGACGGAGUAGACGAGAUGUCGGUAGCAUCCAGAAACUCGGGUCUGGCUGACCUCCAUCGACAUCCGCAUUCCCUGAAUGGAAUGUCGAAAAAGUCAUACUGCAAGAGUUUCGAUAUAUAUAGCCUGGGGCUGAUUCUGCUUGAAAUCGGGUUAUGGAAAGUCUUACAAGCUUACUACAAGCCCCAUCACUCGGCAGAAAGAUUUCGGGACAAGGUUGUUAUCCAGAAUUUGGUGCCGAAUUUGAACAGCAAGACCGGCAGGUUGUAUCGAGAGGUUGUAGAACGCUGUCUCUUUGCUAAGGAUGAUCUCAGCGACCAGGAAGCUGGGCAGUUGAUGGAAUUUGUUGUUGGUAGUUUAGAAGCCUUGCGAGUUUGA